AUGACUACCGUUCUAGGAUCUCUGGCAGCUAGGAGGACGCAAGAUGCUGAUGGCAGCAGCAGCCUCAACUACAAUAGGAAAAAGAAGCAAUCGGUUCCAUCUGAUGUAUUUGGCAAAGUAGACAUCCAAGAGGAAGCUAAAACUCUAGGUAUAGGUGAUCAGGACAAUAUCAGUGCAGAAGUUACAGAUACUAUCUGGGCCCUUUUUGAUAAUCUUGAUGGCAUGCCAAGAUAUUAUGCUAAAAUAAAAGGUUUUGAUGCCUCCAACUUUAAAGUUCAUCUCACUUGGCUGCAGCGCAUUGCAAUGAAUGAAGCAGAGGAGAAAUGGUCUGAUGAAGAAUUGCCCGUUGCUUGUGGAAGCUAUAGCUUAGGAACAACAGAUAUAUCGCAAGACAGACUCAUGCUUUCACAUAUUGUUUCAUGGAAGGCAAACGGAGGAAAUAUGAAGUACAUCCCAGUAAGGGUGAGGGACAAAUUCCCGUGUCCCAUCCGCCGCCGCCGCACACCACUUGGUCUCCUCCUCUCUCAUUUUCCCCACCGAGCCAAUCCCCUCCAUCUCGCAUCAGCGCCGCCACCUGUUGUCUUCUACCUCGGGAUUCCCAGAUGCAGCCAGCCAUCGGAGCCAUGCCCCGUGCCCGGCAGCACCCAUGCGCCCGAGCCUCGCUCGAUCCACGAUGCUGGAGCCCCCGCUUUCGCCACAUCCGGCGAGCUCUGUCUGAGCGCCCCCGGCCUCCUUCGUGCUCGCCACGGUCGGUUCGAAAUCGACCCCCAACCCCGCGUACGAGGAGCUCCUCCAGCUGCAGUGCCGUCUCAAGCAUGGAGCAGGAGCAGCAGCAUCCGACGCCCAUGGAAGCCGCGCCGCAGGGAACCAGCUGCGCUAAGAGCUCCCCCUUCCCCUGCGCGUCUGGUCGCGUCCGCCCGCGCGAGCCCGCUGCUCUGCACCGGUGUAGCGCGCAGGGACGUCUCCUUCUGCAGCAAGCGAGCCCACCUCGAGUUCCCUCAUGUGCGUCGUUCUGAACAUUCAUGCAUGAGCCCCGCAGCCCCGCCGCCUCGUGCCCUCGCCGGAGGUCGGAAUCGGUGACCCCGCGUCGCCAGAAGCCGCUCCAGGCCAGAACCUCUCCCGUUCCCCUCUCCUUCCUGCUCUCCUUCCCCCUCAUGUUGAUUCCCGCUCUCUCUCUCUUAUAUUUUUUUCUCUGAACUUAUCUGAACCAGGAGCAGCAGCCAUGGGAACCCCUGGGCCCGAGUCUAGCUCGUCGUCGCGUGGAAUCGGGUCCCUGCGGACGGAUCCGUGACCCAACGCCCAUCCCCAAACCUCCGCCUUGCUGGUACCUUCAGCGCCGAAGCCCAAGCACUGAUGGUAGCCUUUAUCCCCGUCGGUUUCGUGUGUCUGCUAGUUCCGCAAGCGUGUCGGAUUGUGAGGACCCGUUCGACU